AUGAAGGGGCUGAGCCACCUGCUCUGUGCUGAGGAGGAUGCCGUGGAGGGAGUCAUGGCAGCUAGCCAUGAUGGCCUAUUGCCAGAUGAGAGAGAAUUUCAGUAUGCUGCUAAAAUGAACAAUUUGGAAACCAUGGAAAAGCUGUUGAAAAAGAAUGUUAAUAUAAAUGCUGUAGAUACUCUGAAGCGCACCGCAUUCCAUUUUGCUGUUGCGAGAAGCCAUAUAUCAGUGGUGGAUUUUCUUCUCCAUCACAAAGCUAGACUUGAUAUGGUGGAUCAGCAUGGCCUGACAGUGAUUCAUCUUGCAGCUUGGACUGGAAAUCUGGAUAUAAUGCGAAAAUUAGUCAAAGCUGGCGCUGAUCAAAAGGCUAAGAAUGAGGAAGGAAUGAAUGUACUGCACUUUGCAGCUCAGAACAACAGCGUUAAAAUAGUUGAUUAUUUUCUCCAAGAUCUUCACCUGAAUGACUUGAACAAGCCUGAUGGGAAAGGUAAAAAGCCAUUUCUUCUGGCAUCUGAAAAAGGCCAUGUUGACAUGAUAAACACUUUGAUUACUCUGAAGCUGUUUACCUCUGAAAAAGAUAAGGAGGGAAACACAGCAUUGCAUCUAGCAGCCAAAAAUGGUCACGGCAAAGUUGUAGAAAUUCUGCUUCAACAGUGGGAGGAAAUAAAUGACCUCAAUCAGAAUGGAGAAACUCCAUUUUACUUGUCUGUUGAAGGAGGACAUGAAAAAUGUGCUGAACUCUUACUGGAAGCAGGGAGUGACAUCAAUAUUUUAACUCAAAACAAAAGCAGUGCUUUGCAGAUUGCAAUUCAGAAUAGACAUCUAUCCUUGGUCACUUUUCUUAUUGAUAAGAAUAUUGACCUGGUCCCUAAACCUGAGCAGAAGAAUUCCCCUCUCCAUUUAGCAGUCAUCAAUAAUCAUCUACCAGUAGUAAAAAGCCUCUUGGAUGCCAAUCAUGAUAUAAACUCCUUAAAUCAUAGGCAGGAAACCCCUCUACAUCUGGCAGCUGAUCUUGGCAAUGUGGAGCUGGUGGAAGUGCUGCUGAAGGCAGGCUGCGAUCUCAAGACUGUGGAUAAGCAUGGAAAAACUGCACUAGCUGUAGCAUCAAGGAGCAAUCACGCCCUCAUUGUAGAUAUGAUCAUUAAAGCAGAAAGGUAUUAUGCCACGAAACAGGAACAUCUAGCUCAUAGUGACGAUAGGUCAGAUUUCAGCUUGUCCUUCAAACAAGAUCAUAGUACACAGACCAAGCAAAUUCGUUCAUCCCUGUGGAAUCUAGCAUACAACCAGCUAAAACCCCAGGAAUGGAAAAAACUGGCCCUGUUCUGGAAGUUCACAGAUGAACAAAUUAAAGCUAUUGAAGAACAAUGGACAGGGAAAAAAAGUUAUAAGGAACACGGAAACAGGAUGUUGCUCAUCUGGUUACACGGCAUAUUGCUGGCUCAUCAGAACCCUGUCAAGCAUAUGUAUGAAAAUCUGGUGGAAGCAGGAUUUCAGCCUUUAGCUGAGAAGAUCAGAGCUGCAAGUGACACUGACAUGGACUCCAGAAAAUGUGCCAUUUCAUGA